AUGAACGACUCGGGCACCAACACCACCCUCUUGGGAUCUCCGUUUUAUCUCAACACCACCAUCCUGAACGUCACCAACAUCAGCUUUCAGGCCGUCACUAAUGCCACGACGACAGCUACGUCGCCGGUCACUCAGCCACGCCCACAGACUAACGCCACGUUCACAGCUCUCGCGACUCUCACGACUUUAACCACGACUCCCGCAGGAGCGCUGCACUCCAUUAACGUGCCCUACAUGGUCGCAGAGCUGGUCAUCGCCUUCCUGUCCACUGUGGGCAACCUGCUGGUGUGCGCCGCCGUGGGGUUUAACCGGAAGCUGCACACGGUCACUAAUUACUUCCUGGUGUCGCUGGCGGUGGCAGACGUGUGCGUGGGGGCGCUGGCUAUCCCCUGCGCCAUCAUGACUGAUCUGGGCAUCCCGCGACACAACCUGUACCUGUGCCUGCUCAUGUUGUCGGUGCUCAUCAUGCUGACUCAGAGCUCCAUCUUCAGCCUGCUGGCCGUGGCGGUGGAGCGCUACGUGGCCAUCUUCAUGCCCUUCCGCUACCACAGCACCAUGACGCCACGCAACGCGCUGAUCGUCAUCCUGAUCACGUGGGUGCUGGCGUUCCUCAUCGGCCUGGUCCCUCUCAUGGGCUGGCACAAGACUCCGCCCGCGGACGGCUUCUGCUUCUUCGUCGGCGUGGUGGAUAUGUCCUACAUGGUGUACUUUAACUUUUUCGCAUGUGUCCUGACGCCGCUCGUCAUCAUGUUCCUGAUCUACGCGCAGAUCUUCCUCACGGUGAAGCAGCAGAUACGACGGAUCGCGGCGGACCGCGGAGGCCAAGCCAACAGCGAAGGAGCCACCAACAUAAAGAAGGAGAUGAAGAUGGCCACGUCACUCUUCCUCGUGCUCUUCCUCUUCACCAUCUGCUGGAUCCCGCUGCACAUCAUCAACUGCUUCCUGCUCCUGUGCCCCAGCUGCUACGUGCCCCUGCCCCUCCUGCUCACUGCCAUCAUCCUGUCCCAUGCCAACUCGGCCGUCAACCCUUUCCUCUACGCCUACAAGAUGAAGUCGUUCAGAGAAGCCUUUAAAGGUAUUUUCCUGUGCUGCAAAGGCGGCGCCGAGGGACAUGAUCACCAUGACGACAGCCACUUGGCUACCAUACACAAAUCCUGA